AUGAAGUUCGCCAAAGAGCUGGAAAAAGAGUUGGUGCCGGAAUGGCGGGUGAUGUAUCUUGACUAUAAGACAGGCAAGAAGAAGAUCAAGGCCAUCACUCGAGCACUUCGAACGGCAAACCGUACACCAGGACUCUCGGCUCGAUCCCAACAUAUGCGAUACCCAUCCGCGUCUUCUCAUAUUUCGGCAUUUGAAUUCGAUGCACCGGACCAUAACGAUUCUUUGACUGGACCAAUUCCGACAACCGAGCAUCAGCCAUUGCAAACACCUGGGUCGCGAUUUUCAGGGCCUGUGGGCAGUUACGGCAGUAUCGUGGCAUCCCCCCGACAAUACCCUGCGGAAAGCCCGGACAUUAGGUCGCUCAGGCUGCCGGAUCCUGCUAUCGAUCCCAAUCAAGAUUAUGUACCGCCGGGCGACAAUUUAGGUCCUAGGGGACUCAAGAAUUCGUCACCAGUUCUCACUCGACGGGUUGCCUCUGCUCCUCCAGAAUCCAAUUUGACCAAGGUCCCAACUAGACACAAAUCUUCUCUCCAUCGCGAGACCACCCCCGAGGACUCAAUACCGCCUGAAGUAACCGGGGUCUCGCCCAACACGCUCGCGGUGAAUCGUACUCCGCAAUUCAUUCGACGUGUCUUUUCUCAUGUAGACGAUCUUUCACCAGCGGAUUCACGCCGAGAGGUCGAGAAACGCCAUAGUGAAUUCUUUGCCUGGCUGGAUGAGGAGCUGAGCAAGAUCGACAAUUUCUACCGUAAGAAAGAGAAGGAAACCAAGGAGCGAUACGAUAUACUUCAUCAUCAACUCCAUGUCAUGUCACGCAAGCGUCAAGGGGAAAUGAAAGCUGCCGAGGGAAAUGGCCAUCAUACGCCGCAUCGACCGAAAGGACUUGCAGUGUUGAACGCUGCCCACUUGAAGGACACACUGAAAGAAACACUCACCGGGAAAUCCAUUCGCUUUGGCAGGAACUCAGAAUCUCUGGCCCAGCUGGAGACCCCCGGCAUUCGGCCCAGGGAUCGCGAGUUCAUGUUCGACCGAAGAGAACACAUGCAUCAUGAUGUUUCACCUACCAAAGACCCUGGGUAUCGGACCGCCAAACAUCAACUUAAAGUUGCCAUGCAGGAGUUUUAUCGUGGCAUUGAUUUGCUGCGAGGCUACGCCAAUUUGAACCAAACGGCCUUUCGAAAGAUCAACAAGAAGUUCGACAAGGCGGUCAAUACGGAGAAGCCCCUUGAAUAUAUGUCUGAGCGAGUCAACAAAUCAUACUUUGUCAAGAGUGGAGAAACAGCAGAGAUGAUGCGAAAGGUAGAAGAUUGGUAUGGGCGAUAUUUCGAGGCCGGCAACACCAAAAUUGCCGCCACGAAACUCCGCAGCGCAACGCAGAAGCCCGGAGAUUACUCUCCCAACACGUUCCGCGCGGGCCUUUUCCUCAUGGCUGGGAUUUUAUUUUCUAUUCAGGCGCUUGUGCAUGCGUCAAAGCAUUUGUUAUACGGUGAUCUCACCAUCCAGGUUCAUACGAGUUACUUGCUACAGAUAUACGCCGGGUACUUUCUGAUCUCAUUUCAUGUAUUGCUAUUUUGCCUGGCUUGCAUGGUUUGGACCAAGGCGAAGGUCAACUAUAGAUUCAUUUUUGAAUAUAAUACCAGGCACACUCUGGAGUGGCGCCAGUUGCUUGAGGUUUCAUGUUUUUUUCUUUUUCUUCUGGGAUUAUUUAUGUGGCUCAAUUUCUCAUGGGUUAAUGAGAUGUAUAUAUACUGGCCCGUGGUGCUCAUUGGCCUGUCCGUUAUCAUCAUCUUUCUACCAGCCCCCGUGCUGUAUCACCAGAGUCGGAAGUGGUGGGCUGCCACGAAUUGGCGCUUGUGGUGCUCCGGGUUGUACAGAACUGUCGAGUUUCGGGAUUUCUUCUUGGGAGAUAUGUACUGCUCUCAUACGUAUGCCAUGGGGAACAUCGAACUCUUCUUCUGCCUGUAUAUCACGUACUGGUAUGACCCAGUCAAGUGCAAUUCAUCACACUCAAGGGUAAUGGGCGUUUUCACUUGUCUACCGUCAUUCUGGCGUGCGUGCCAGUGUGUUCGCCGUUACGCCAAUGACAAGAAGAAAAAGAAACUUUCGUUCCCACAGGAUGCGUUCCCGCAUCUGUUCAACUUGGCAAAGUACCUAUGUGGUAUUGGCUACUACAUGACUCUGACCAUGUGGCGCAUCAACAGACAAACACGAUUCCAAGCGUCGUUCCUCACUUUCGCUCUCCUGAACUCUCUUUACACCUCGAUCUGGGACGUGGUCAUGGAUUGGAGUCUGGGAAACCCCUACGCCAAGCGCAUUCUUUUGCGGGACGAACUAAGCUUCCGCUAUGCGUGGGUCUACUAUGCCGCAAUUGUGUUGGAUGUCGUGGUCCGAUUCAAUUGGAUCUUUUAUGCCAUCUUCUCCAAUGACAUCCAACAUUCGGCUUUCCUCAGUUUCUUUGUCUCACUAUCCGAAGUCUUCCGCCGUGGUGUAUGGUCAGUCUUCCGUGUGGAGAACGAACACUGCGCAAACGUGAUGAAGUUCCACGCAUCACGCGAGCCUACACUACCAUACAAGUUCGAUCCCACCCGGACAUCUAGGGAGGGCUCCCGGGUCGACGAUGUCCAGCUCCAGGACCAGCACACCCCAUCACCGGUUGUUGACGUCGAAACCGGAGUCGGAAGUCCAGGAACCUCGAGUGUGCGCGCCGGCUUCCCCUCUGGCCACCCAUCGGGAAGCCUUCGGCGCCUCAGCUUCAGGGCUGGAACCGCCCAUACACAAGACUUUGAGCGGCGCGAGCUUCCUCCUAUCUUUCAACUGCUACUGUGGCCCAACUGGGUCAAAGUUCGGAAGACGAGGAGACUGGUGAUGAUGGUGAUUACACUGACAGCGAAGGGGUGGAGACUCCUCUGGAUGAGCGAGAAGAAACCCAGUCAUCAUCGGCCAGUGCAAUAA